AUGCUGCGUUUGCUUGAGCAAGCGAAGAACAUCAAAGAUUUUGGGCGUGGAUAUUUCUAGGGAUGAGGAUGUAGGUUACAGAGCGCGAUUGAAUCGAUCCUCCCGCGAUGGCGGCAGCGGCGAAGAUGAAGCUGGGAUUCUCGGGCGGUAAUCAGGUGAGCGCGCCGUCAUCAUCCUGCUGCCUGGGAUGCGUCUCGACGACGGUCGCCGUGACUUCCCAUCACUGCUCAUCGAAUUUCCCUCAAUGCGCCACGGGAAGCAGUGGAUUUCAGCUGGAUUCUUCUUCGGCAUUCUUGCCAUUUGGAAGAUUGAGGCGUGGCUCGGAUUCCCUGCUUCAAGCUGCGGCCCGCAGGCGAUGCGCUCAUCACGUAGCAGCAGCAGCGUCACUCGGGGGCCUCCUUGGAGGGCUGUUUAAAAGCGAAGACGUCGGGGAAAGCACUCGCCAAAAGUUUGCUUCCACAGUGGAUGCUAUCAAUGCAAAGGAGCCACAAAUGGAGGGAUUGUCCGAUGAAGCGCUUCGAAACAAAACUGGGGAAUUGAAAGCGCGAGUCGCGGCUGGAGAAUCGCUUGAUAGUGUCCUCCCGGAUGCCUUCGCAGUUGUCCGGGAAGCGUCUAAGCGAGUGCUAGGAUUGCGACCUUUUGAUGUCCAACUUAUUGGUGGCAUGGUUCUUCACAAGGGUCAGAUUGCUGAGAUGAAAACUGGAGAAGGAAAAACUCUUGUUGCUGUUCUUCCAGCAUAUUUGAAUGCUUUAAGCGGCCAAGGUGUUCAUGUCGUGACGGUAAACGACUACUUGGCCCGUCGAGAUGCUGAAUGGGUCGGCCAAAUUCCUCGAUUCCUGGGUUUAAAAGUUGGUCUCAUUCAACAGGGAAUGGAUAGUGCGGAGCGAAGAACAAACUACGGCUCUGAUAUAACUUAUGUUACGAACAGUGAGCUCGGCUUUGAUUACUUGAGGGACAAUUUGGCGCUGAGCCCAGAUGAUCUUGUGUUACCGAGUUUCAAUUUUUGCGUCAUUGACGAAGUGGACUCUAUAUUGAUAGAUGAAGCUCGAACACCGCUUAUAAUUUCUGGUCCUGCAGAGAAGCCCACCGAUAGAUACUACAAAGCUGCCAAAAUAGCUGCGGCAUUUGCGCGAGAUGUUCACUACACGGUUGACGAAAAGCAAAAGUCAGUCCUAAUCACGGAAGAAGGAUAUGAAGCAGCCGAAGAAAUCCUAGAUGUUAAGGACUUAUAUGACCCUCGGGAACAAUGGGCAUCUUAUGUUAUCAACGCCAUCAAAGCAAAAGAACUGUUUCUGAAAGACGUAAACUACAUAGUACGUGGUGAAGACGUCCUCAUCGUUGACGAAUUUACGGGGCGUGCACUUCCGGGUAGAAGGUGGAACGAUGGUCUCCAUCAAGCUGUGGAAGCUAAAGAAUCGUUACCUGUGCAAAAUGAGACGGUUGCAUUAGCUUCCAUAAGCUACCAGAACUUCUUCUUGCAGUAUCCCAGGCUAUGUGGAAUGACUGGAACGGCAGCAACGGAACGGUCUGAGUUUGAAAAGAUUUACAAACUUUCCGUCGCUGUGGUCCCAACAAACAGGGCUAUGAUAAGAAAGGAUGAAUCUGAUGUGGUUUUUCGAGCGGUUACAGGAAAAUGGACAGCUGUUGUCGUUGAAAUCUCACGCAUGCACAAAGCAGGCCGUCCCGUAUUGGUUGGUACCACAAGUGUUGAACAAAGUGAAUCUUUGUCGAAACAAUUAUCCGAAGCUAAUAUUCCUCACCAAAUAUUGAAUGCAAAGCCAGAGAAUGUAGAGAGGGAAUCUGAGAUCAUUGCACAGAGUGGUCGAGUAGGAGCUGUCACCUUAGCAACGAAUAUGGCCGGUCGUGGGACAGAUAUUAUUCUUGGCGGGAAUGCCGACUUUAUGUCCAAAAUCAAACUGCGGGAGAUGCUCAUGCCAAAGGUUGUUAUACUAAGUGACGAUGAGAUUGCUUUUCAAAAGAAAAAGAAGAUUCCCACAAGAAAAUCAUGGAUGGCAAACGAAAAUCUGUUUCCUUGCAAACUUUCUGAGAAUUCAUCAUCUCUAGCUGAAGCAGCAGUACAAGCUGCUGUCGAGUCUUGGGGCAAGAAAAGUUUGUCGGAGCUUGAGGCAGAGAACAGGCUUUCUUACGCUUGCGAAAAGGGUCCGACCGAGGACGCUGUUGUUGCAAAGUUGCGAAACGCAUUUCAAGCCAUAUCAGCCGAGUACAAAGCAUACACCGAGGACGAAAGGAAGAAAGUUGUUGCUGCAGGUGGCCUUCACGUGAUAGGCACAGAGCGCCACGAAUCACGAAGAAUUGAUAAUCAGUUGCGCGGCCGCAGUGGUAGGCAAGGUGAUCCAGGAACAUCAAGAUUUUUCUUGAGUCUAGAAGAUACCAUAUUUCGGAUAUUUGGCGGUGAAAGGAUAAAGGCUUUGAUGACAGCUUUCCGAAUCGAGGAUUUGCCGAUCGAGUCAAAAAUGCUCACGAAAUCGCUGGACGAGGCUCAAAGAAAAGUCGAAAACUAUUAUUUUGAAGCCCGUAAACAGCUGUUCGAAUACGAUGAGGUGCUGAAUAGUCAACGUGAUCGUGUCUACACGGAACGUAAGCGUGCUUUGCUAUCAAAGGAUUUGCAGCCGCUUAUGAUGGAGUACUCUCAACUGACAAUGGAUGACAUUCUCAAUGCCAACAUUAGCGACGAGCUUCCAAAGGAAGAAUGGGAUUUAGAAGGUCUAGCAUCAAAAGUCAAGCAAUACUGCUUUCUCCUGGAUGACUUAUCUGUUGAAGUGCUACUAAAAAAUGCUGAUACAAUUGAGAGUUUGCGGGAGUAUUUACAUAAGCGCGGCCGUGAGGCAUACCUUGAAAAGAGAGCUGAUGUUGAGAAACAAGCUCCAGGUCUAAUGCACGAAGCUGAGCGAUACUACGUUCUUACUCAAGUGGACAAGCUGUGGAAGGAACACCUCCAAGCUUUGAAGUUUAUCCAACAAGCAGUUGGACUCCGAGGCUAUGCUCAAAGGGACCCGCUCAUCGAGUACAAGCUAGAAGGCUACAAUCUUUUCCUGGACAUGAUGGCUCGUAUCCGUCGCAACACCAUUUACUGCGUCUAUCAAUUCAAGCCAGUGAUGAUCGACAAAGAAACACUGGAUCGAUCGAAGAGCACGAAAAACGGGAAAACUGCUGCCACAGUCUGAUGAGAAAUAGGUGCACAGGACCGCAAGGGAAAAAAUUGAAAAGAUUCGCAUAGAUUCCGAGGAUGGAAUA